AACGUGCCUGCCCGAUGACUCCCGCCGUCCACGUGACCGCCCAGCGACGUAUAAACACACGCACACGCGUAUUGCGCGCGUGUGCGUGCCACGGAAUGCGGAGAUGUGGAACAUAUGUUGACGCGAUCUCGCGGCCCCUCUCGCCUCGCUGAAAAAGGUCAGGCUGCCCUCGGCGAUUUGGAUUCGACGCGGCACCUCCGGUGGUACCUGGGGCUCUCGCGUACCGAGAUCGUGCGCGCGUACGGGAUCGCUCGUCUUUUUCCAGGGACCGCGGGCCGUCAGGGCGAGGGAGGGAUGGCGACGUCCGAGAGCGACGCCGACUUCGAGAGCGCCGACGAGGAGCUGGGCCGCGGCGCCCCCGUCAAGAGGAGCACCCGGGUGACGGCCUGCCGCACGACGGUGGACUCCGAGUCGGACGACGACACCGAGUGCGUCCAACAACGUGCGCCCCGCGACUGGCAGGAGAGACCCGAGACGCUCUGCACGACGUCCGAUGCGCCGACGGGUCGGGCGACCUCGAUCGGCGAUAAGGGCGAUAAGGCAGGCGGUGUCAAAGUUGAAAGUGGCGUACGUAUCGCCGAGUCAGUUGCAGACAGGACCGCUGACAGACGGGAGACCGCGUCCCCCGUCGAGUCGGAAGAAUCCUUGUCGGCCAAAGGUAGAGACGCUGAAGCUGCGGUGGAGAGUAGUAAGGUUGCGCCAGAUGCCAUGUCGAGAGCCGCGAAGACCGCGUCGGGGGACGAGAAAAUGCCCCAGGCGAAGCCACGACGUGACGCGUCCCGUCAGUUGGGCGCGAGAAAGCUGGGAACCAGACUCGCAGAGGACAAUGUUGAUGAACGUCGUGCCGCAGGUGCAGCCGCGGAACGGGAGGAUAAGCGUUCAAGCGAGAAGCCCUCGCCGUCCGCGUGCAAAGAUACAGAGUGCAGGUCGGACGAGAGGUCAAAGACUCAAGUAGCAGGUAAUCAAACUAGACCGUCGUGCGAUUUGUCGGAGGUGGACAUGCCGGAAGAAUUGAAGUCGAAUAAAAGAUUUAAAGAAGUUUUUCAGCCUGAAGGUUGGGAAGGACUUGGGGAUGACGUCGAGUUGCCUGACGAAUUGACGGACGAGAAAUUACAGCCUGUGUUACAGAGGCUCCCCUCGGCGAACAAGGAGGAGCGCAAGGGCGAGGAUACUCUGGGUGGCUGGGGCAGCUGGGGUAACUGGGGCGUAACUUCGUUAAUCAGUACGGCGACUGCGAGUGUAUCUACUCUGACUAGUCAUGUGUCGCAAGGGCUUACACUUUUGGAAGGUACGAUGGCAGCGCAAGACCCCGCGGAACUGGAAAAGAUAAAGCGAGACGUGAUCACCGAUGAUGCACAGCCAGAGAUCCAGGAACAGGAGAGUCGGCCGUACAGUUCGUUCGGGCUCGGGAAUUUGAUGUCCGGGGUGUCCUCGAUCACGAAACUGGUCGAAUCCACUGGCAGCAAAGUUAUGACCGGCGGCUUGGAUACGCUGGAGGCCAUCGGGAAGAAAACGAUGGAGGUGUUGCAGGACGGGGAUCCCGGAUUAAAGAAGAAAAGAGCCUUCUUCAUGAACGAGUCCGAGCGACCGAACUUGUCGCAAAUCCUCAGAGAAGCGAAGAAGAAGGCCGAAACCGAGGAGAAGACGAUUGAGGAACGCGAAUUGGCGCGGAAAGUGCAUUUCGAGAGCCUGUUCGACGAUUAUCAGGGGCUCGUCCACUUGGAGGCUCUCGAAAUGUUAUCAAAACAGUGCAACAUGAAAAUUCAACACUACCUAACCGAGCUAGAUACGAACGAUUUAACCUCCGUGCAAGAAACAUUGGAAGAGAUCAAGGAACUUUGUUGUUUUAGUGAUGAAGAUGUCGAAGAUAGUGCUAAUAAAGAUUUGAAAAGUAGAUUAGAGAACGCUUGCCACGAGCUUGGUGUUGAAAUUACCUACGAAAAGCUAUAUAGCGUUUGGGCAGAAACGGAAAGUUAUCUCAAGUCGUCCUCAACGCGCACGGCCCAGGACAUCUUUCAGAACGCCAUGUCGACGCUGGCGCAGUUUACAGCGUUCUCCGUAGAGAGAUUUCAUAAGACGGCAGAAUUGCUGUUGAUCAAGGAACGUCGCAGUACAGUGAACGAAGCAGACUCUUUGGUGCAGCUUAUCAACAUUCUGUCCGAUCAGAUUAGAUUAUUGGCCAUUUCAUUCUGCGAUACGUUACAUCGGUUUGCCGAGAAUGCGGAAAAGUCGGAUGACAUCAAUGCGAAUAUAACAACAAUUUUCUUAGAAGCUGCCAGCGCAGACUCGUAUAUUCAAGAAGCCUUUAAGCUCUUCACUCCGAUUCUGCAAGUCGGCGCAAUCUAACGAGUAAUUAUAAAAUAUAUUAAAAAGGAUCAUUUUUUUAUACUUUAUAUAUUUAACAAUAUUGUCUAGAUUAAAUACCAUUUUCGAUGUAGGCAUAGAGCACAAUGUUAUACUAUUUCCCUGUUUCAUAAAUACAUUUCUCAUGCUAUCCUUAAAGUAUCUAUGUUCGAAGAAGGGGCCAACUUAAUUCUGCUAAUUCAAUAUAUUACCAUUUAACUCUGUGUAUUUUUGCGGUUAUCGGUCUUUGUAUUAUUCCACAUCAAACGCGAGGUAAUUGCAGAUAUGUGUAUACGACAAUAUCUACCCAGUGAGAAAUAAUUCGUCGAUCGAUGUCAAUUUGACGAUUUCUCGAUUCUUCGACAUCGUUUCGACAUUCGUCGACGAGUCAUUUUUUUCUCGCUGGGCACAUGUAUAUACUGGAAUCCAUCGGAUAGGUUUUAGUAGAAAAUUGUCUUUAUGUACCUGUGCACCAAUAAUGCACAUAUUGUUACAAAAUAAUUAAAUUUUAGGUAUUUAAUAAUAUAAAAGUUUGACUGCUGUGUAAGAUAUGAAGAUAUCUGUAACAUAAGGUACAAAGUCCAAUAAAGAUUACGCUAUGUAUAUAUCGACAA